ACUGGAGAUGUUUAAGAACUACAGCUCAGCACUGGAUCAAGGCACUGCGAAGAGACAGAGAUGGAGAAUGGGGAUGGAUAAGCCACUUCUGCACACAGCGCAGCAGCAGAGAGGUCCUCAGAACCUCAGAGAGGUUUCUCUGACACAGGCUGAGUGAUCGCAUGAAUCCUGCCAAGUUCUUGCCCUCACCAACCUUUUAGCUCAGCUUUUCCCCUUUUAGCAUUUAUUUCAGUUAAUUUUUGUAAAAUAAUUUAAUUUUUUUUCAUAGCACUGUAUGGAAUUGUAGCCUAUUGCUUUCAGUGCAGCUGAUACAUCAAGAGAUAUCUUUCAUACCUUAACUCAAAACAGUGAUUAUUUAUAGAACAUCUUAUUUUUAGGAGGUAGAAAAUCCUGAUGUUUGCUGUAUUUAUAGGGUCAGAUCAGGUGCAUUUUUAAAUGAAAUAGUCUUAGGUUCCAACCAGGAACAAAGACUCCUGAUCUUCAUAUUUGGGAAGAGAACACCCAUUCUUGACAGUUCCACUUUAACUCUUUGAUGUGAUUUCAAUAUACUACAGUUUUACUAUGACACGGUAAUCAGGACAGGGCCAGCUUCCUCUGUGGUUUCACUGAAAAUGCUGAAAUGUGAACCAUUCCCAUCGCCUCAGCAUUGGUCUCACUGCAGUGUGCCCCUACUCCCAAAGUACUGCUAUUGCAGGAAAGAAGUGUGACAGGCUGGAGAUGGAGGAUGAGGAAGGUUACACUGCUUUAAAUUUACGACCCACAGCUUCAGUUAUUACUCCUGGAUACUUGAGCAGCAAGAAAUGUUCUGCAUUUAAGGCUCCAGCCAGUUGUGUUACAGUAGACAGAGCCUCUGCCACAUCUCCUAUAUGGCAACCAGUGGCCUUUACUUUCCUCGCUUUGUGCCUGGUGCUGCUGAUAGGGCUGGUAGCCCUGCUGGCCUUGUUUUUUCAGAUUUCCAAAGAUCCUGAGGAAGGAAAAAAGCUGCAGGAAAUGAGGGAAGCAUUGUGUUUUGAAAGGAAGGAGAAAAAUGAAACAAGCUGUGCUCUCUGUCCAGCAAGCUGGCAAAACAGCGGAGCUGACAACUGCUUCUACAUUUCAAAGCAGAAGAAAACAUGGAAGCAAAGCCAGGAGUUCUGUUCCUCAAGAAACUCCACUCUUCUUGUACUAAAAGACAAAGCAAAGAUGAUUUCUCUGCCACAGGAUUCACAGUUUUACUGGGUUGGAUUAUCAUACAUAUCCGAAAGGAACAGUUGGUACUGGGAGGAUGGAACAUCUUUUUCAAAAGAAGUGACAAAUUGGGUUGUGUUAUAUGACAACUUCUUCUGUGCCUCCCUAUACGGACAGUUUAUUUAUGCCAGCCACUCCUGUUCAACAAAGCAAUUAUGGAUCUGUGAGAAAGGGGCUGUUCAUUUCACCUGAAGAAGCAUUGCAAGAAGGGAUGUGGGAUUUGCCACUGUGAGAUACCAACAUUAGGAACUGCAAGUUUUAGAUAUAUUUUUGUUUGUUUGUCAUGCAAUUUUCUCAGAAUCGUGACACAAAUGGACAGGUCAUUAGGGACUAAAUCUUCUUUGUCUGCAUUCUCCCUCACAGGCUCACAAAUGAGAGGGAAAAUAAGCUACAAAGCUAAAAACUACAUGCCUGGGAAGAAGCUUUAAAGAAUUAGCUACAGUCAAACAAUGAUCCUUCCAUGACUCUCCAGAUUGACAACCACGCAUUCUCACAGAUCUCUAUAUUUCUUGAGCUUCAGUCAGUUUUUUACACUAACACCUGCCAGUCAUAAACCAGUCCAACUACAUCCUUGAUAGUUCUACUUACUGAAUUAUGUACUGUACACACUAACUACCAUCCACACAUAAUCCUCUUCUAGAUUAGUUUGCCUAGGCAUGCCUUCUUUCCUAAAUCCAGUCUUCCAACUGUUCCCCUGUUUGAGCUACAGGGAUACAGAAAUAACACAAGGUCUAUUUAUCCAUAAAAUUAUUUUCAUAUAUGCAUUAAUAUUUACAGAGAUAAAAGGACAUUUGUGAGAAGACUACAGGGAAUCCCUAGAAACAAUCUCUGUGAAAAUUAGAGUCAAAUAUCAUGGUUAGAUUAAAACAUUACCUGAAUAACUUCAGUGAUGUCAUAACAUCGAUUGUGAUAAAAAUAGCAGUGAGGAUAAUAAUUAUGUGCUCCAUUCAGAGUUACACACAAUCAGUACUCAAACUGAUGCAGAAUCUAUUUCCACAGAUCGUAGUUGAGCUCUUGCAUUAUAUCCACACUGUUUGGGAUCUCUGGAACCCAAGGUACAUACUACGCGUGUGUUAUUAAAGCAUUUGUCAUGCUUCUUGAAAUAAAAUUAUGCAGUCACUUUUCUUGA